GAGCCAGGGCCAUUUCUCGUAAUUAACAAAAGACACGUGUCGUUUGUUUAGUUUAUUCCUUUCUCGGACCAACCACUCGCCCAAAAAAAAAAAAGGAAAAAAAAGAGGUAACCCUAGGUUUGCACUUUUUCGAUCUUAGUUUUUUUUUUCUUCCCCGAUUCUGUCUCCAGUUUUGCUGCCAACUCUGCAAUUAUACAAGAUUCGGUAAUCAUGGUGCAGAAGCGUCCUUUUUAUGCUGAGGAAAUACUUGAGGUGUCCUUCAAACGCCCAAAAAAAGUGGGACCUAGUAAUCAGCUUGUUUCAUUUGAAAAAUCUGUUUUUCCUGAGGAUGCUUGCCAUAUUCCUAAAACAUCAGAUGAACUUCCCAGAGGAGCUGUGGAAUUUGAAACAAGUUUUCCUGGAGGCAUUUCUGUUUCUUCUUUAGCCACCAGUGGCACUAGUGAAAAUGUCCAAUCAGAACCAUCUGUACAUCCCCCUUUUGUGCCUGAGUAUUUCAGUCCAGAGUGUCCAACGAGGACAUUAGUUCGCUAUGAGGACAUCUAUUCCAUACUCUUUGAGCACCCUCCUCACAAACUUGUAUCUGUUGGACCCAAUCAUCAAGCCGAUGUUCCAGUGUGGGAUUCCGGUGCCACUAGUAGACCAAAUGCAUCUGAUGCCGUUGGAGAUGAAAAUGAAGAAAGACUGAUAGGAACCUGUAUAAUCCCUAUGCCUCAGAUGGAAUCAUCUACCUAUGAUAAUGAAGAAGUUGGAAAGGGAAGAACUGAUUGUAGCUGUGAAGACAGGGGAUCCGUGAGAUGUGUCAGACAACAUAUAGUGGAAGCAAGAGAAGAACUUAUGAAAACCAUUGGGCAUGACAAAUUUGAGGAGUUGGGGCUCUCUGACAUGGGAGAACAAGUGGCAGACAAAUGGAGUGCAGAGGAAGAACAACUAUUUCGUGAGGUUGUCUUCAAUAAUCCAGCAACCCUUGGCAAGACAUUCUGGAACUAUCUUUCCAUUGCUUUUCCUUUGAAAACCAAAAAGGAGAUAGUUAGUUACUACUUUAACGUGUUCAUGCUUGGAAGGCGAGCCGAGCAGAACAGAAACGAUCUAUUGUUCAUUGACACUGAUGAUGAUGAAUGGCAAGAUGGUGAUGGCAAUGGAAUUACAGCUCGAGAGGAAGAUGAAGAUUAUGUUACUGAAUCUCCUGUAUAUCAAGAUGAUGCUUGUCUUGCUAAUUGUCAUGAAAAUGAUAUGCAAGAUAAUGAUGAGUAUGGCUCAGAUGAAACAUGUGCUGUUAAUGAAACUGCAGAUUUUACCGAGAGGAACAUUGAUGAUGAUUCAAAAUAUGAUCCUUCAGAGAUGCCUCAAUUCAUUGGUUUUCCUUCUCUUAUCCAACCCCAGGAUCAUCAAACUGUUUGGCGAGAAAGGUUUGAUGAAGAAGUUCAGGAUGAUUCAUACACAUCAUGUGAUGCAGGAGUUGCCUCACGGGAGAGCCAGAUGAAGACUGAGAAUGGUGAUCAUUGGCAUGGUAAUUAUAAUGGUGAAUGCAACAGUUAUAGCGAUUGAAGAGGUUUUGGGAGGUUGAAGAAGGCAAAUAAAUGAGAAGACGCUGUGCUAGUAUUUUGCUAGUUGGAUUUUGCAAUUAUGGCGAUUUGGGGAAAGAUCUUCACCCAAGGCUGAUGUAUGAUGAAUCUCUGCUAGCACUCUUUGUUAAACGUAACUAAUGUUCGACUUUUAUUUUGUAUUUUGUCAUAAUACUGAAAAAGGAGCCUUCAUUGUAAAAUAGUUUUUUGGAAGGUGAUUUGGUUGCCUUUCAAGCUUCCAUGUUCCAAGUCCUUUUAGAACUGUAAAAUUUAUAUUCUUUAAUUUUACCCUAGUUUCCAGGUCCUUUCAAGCUUCCAUCUUGGAUGUAAGAAUAUCCGAUUUGGAUUUCAUGAUAUAAUUUUGCAUUUGUUAAAUAAUAAAAAAAUU